AGUGUUUACCCGCCUGGAGUCUAGCGAAGAAGAAGACAGGAGGGACGUCCAGAUUCCAAACAGAUUCCCGUUGGAAAGUCAGAAAGAUUCCCGAUUUUCAGUUUUUAAUAAAUCAAUUAUCGGACUAACCUGUUCUUUUUGACACGAUGGGCACCAGAGACGAUGAGUACGACUAUCUGUUCAAAGUGGUCCUCAUCGGAGAUUCGGGCGUUGGGAAGAGCAACCUGCUGUCCCGCUUCACCCGGAACGAGUUCAACCUGGAGAGUAAGAGCACCAUCGGCGUGGAGUUCGCCACGCGCAGCAUCCAGGUGGACGGCAAGACGGUGAAGGCCCAGAUCUGGGACACGGCGGGCCAGGAGCGCUACCGGGCCAUCACAUCAGCGUAUUACCGCGGCGCGGUGGGGGCGCUGCUGGUCUACGACAUCGCCAAGCACCUGACCUACGAGAACGUGGAGCGCUGGCUGAAGGAGCUGCGGGAUCACGCCGACAGCAACAUCGUCAUCAUGCUGGUGGGCAACAAGAGCGACCUGCGCCACCUGCGCGCCGUGCCCACCGACGAGGCCCGCGCCUUCGCCGAGAAAAACGGUUUGUCCUUUCUGGAGACGUCGGCGCUGGACUCCACCAACGUGGAGACGGCCUUCCAGACCAUCCUGACAGAAAUCUACCGGAUCGUCUCCCAGAAGCAAAUGUCGGAGCGCCAGGAGAGCGACAUGUCGCCUAGCAACAACGUGGUCAACAUCCAGGUGCAGCCCACUGAGAACAAACCAAAGAUGCAGUGCUGUCAGAACAUCUAGCCUGGCCGUGGACCCGCUGCUGCCCUCCCGUGACCCCUGCCCCCCCCACCGUCCCAAACAGACUGCCUGAUCGAGACGCAGAUUUAAUCCUGCGACCUGAACUCUUCCUGACCCCAUCCUGACCCCCGACCCCACCAGUACAUAACGUGGGGCCCCCCCUCCCCCUGUAGGCUUCUGCAGGACGGCAGGCGCAUUUCAUAUCACGUUAGAUUUCAUUACUGUAGACGCGCUGACAUGUCACUGAAAUGUCUUAAAA